GCUGUGAAUACUUGGCGGCUUCGAACCCAGUGUACCCUCACCUCCGUUCUCCUGCACAUUUCAGCCUCUCGCCUUCAUUUGCAGGUCAAACCAAUCGAAGGAUCUCUCCGCUGUUUGUUUCCUCCCCUCUUGCCAACUUUGUCUCCUCUCUCAUCCCCCGUCGUUAUCCUUUUCUAAAAAAAAACAAACCAGGAACAAAACGUUGUGUUCAGGAGGCCCCGGGUCAGAGUGAUGGCAAAGUCAGAUCAACAGCUGAACUGAGCCCAGGUUUUAUUAUAGGAACAGCCACUUGCUGCAGUACCCAAUCUGCACUGCUCUUACUCCCGGCGAGCAAUCUGGUUUUAAGCUGCUUUGUGCUUCGUUUUUUCACGCCUAAGAGUGAAAUUAUAAAAGUAAUGAUUCUGGCCACUGCUGGCCGCUAAGCCUGUGUUGCUCCUUUCUCUGUGCUCACUUCUUACUCCCUCCCUCCACCGCCCAAUUCCUUUUUCUUGCUCUGUUCCCCACUCCCUUGCCUUCCUCUCCCCCUUCUCACCCUUUGUGCUCACCACUCAUGUUGACCCUUGGACCCUUAUUCCUUUUUCUCUCGCACCCUUCUCUCCCCAUUCCUUUUUUCUCCUAUCCACCCCCACCCUCCUUUAGCCCAUUAGAUAACGAGCAAGUUAGACAGAGGGAAGCCCAUCGAUGUGAUCUAUUUGGAUUUCCAGAAGGCGGGUGACCAGGUGCCACAGAAGAGGAUACUAAAUAAGAGCCCAUGGUGUUGGGGACAAGUACUGGCAUGGAUAGAGGGUUGGCUGACUGACAGAAUCAUAGAAUCUCUACAAUGUGGAAGCAGGCCAUUUGACCCAUUGAGUCGAUACCAACCCUCCAAAGAGCACCCCAUCCAGAUCCAAUCCCCCAUGCUAUCCCUGUAACCAUGCAUUUCCCAUGGCUAAUCCACCCAGCCUACACGACCCUGGACAUUAUGGGCAAUUUACUAAGGCCAAUCCACCUAACCUGCACAUAGAUUAUAGAUCAUAGAAUCCCUAUACUAUAGAAACAGGCCCUUUGGUCCAACAAGUCCACACCGACCCUCAGAGCACCCACCCAAACCCAUCCCUCUAUAACCUACCUAAUCUACACAUCCCUGAGCACUAUGGGCAAUUUAGCAUGACUAAUCUACCUAGCCUGCACAUCUUUGGACUGCGGGAGGAAACUGGAGCACCUGGAGGAAACCCACGCAGACACGGGGAGAAUGUGCAAACUCCACACAGACAGUUGCCCGAGAGUGGAAUUGAACCCGGGUCUCUGGCACUGUGAGGCAGCACAUCUUUGGACUGCAGGAAGAAACCCACACAGACACGGGAAGAAUGCAUGAACUCCACACAGACAGUCGCUCAAGGGUGGACAGAGUGUGAUACAGGUAGAAAAUGAACAUUGCAGAGCAGAAUGAGGAACCUGGACCCAGAGUGCCAUUCAUAGUUCGAAAUCCUUCAGUCAGUAAGAAUGAAGAGUUAGGAAGAGGAACACAAGUGACAAAAGUUAAUAUUGGCAAGGUCAAAUCAGAAAUUAGCACUGAAGAUGAUGUGGGUAGCUCCAGUCCAGAUCAAGCUGCAGGGCCUAACUGUGUACAGGAUACAGCAAAACGAAAACCGUUACAGAAUGGUUCUGGUAAGAUGACUCCAGAAUGUGAGAAUCCCAUCAUCCAUAAAAGGAGGAGAAUUAUCUGUGAGGACAGGUUUGCAAGUCUAAAUGGCUCAGAGUCUUCAGUACCUUCCCAGAGAAACUUAGAUGAUGCAUGUAAAGUUGAGGAGGCCAAUACGGAUGUGUUGAUGGAAAGUAAAGAUGCUCCUCAGGACGUGCCAUCGUACAGGAAACCACUGUAUAGCAUCUCACACAAAAUCUCUGAUCGACGGAAUAUUCAGGCUGUGGACCAGCAAGCAGCAGGCGAGGCUUCAGAAAGAGGUUACCUCAACACUCUGUUACAACAGCGAAACCUCACUGACACCUGCAAGAAUUACUCUUCCGUCUUGCCAGCCCAUGGGGCUGAUGUUGAUUCAACUCUGUACUCGCUGAUCCAUAAAAUGUUUUUCACUCUCAAUACGUUGAACUCGACUAUGACCCAACUGCACAGCAAAAUCGACUUGCUGUCACUGGAGGUGAACAGAAUUAAAAAGCACGUGAACCCCGGCGAAUCAAUGGUGGAGUUCCUGCCCCCUGCAGAGUACCAGCUCAACAACGCCGAACUCAAGCAGGUCCUGGAAGAGAGCUCCUCUCCGGGAGACUUUGCCUGUCGACUGCUGGUGCAGCUUUUUCCAGAGCUCUUCACCGAAGAUGAGGUCAGCAGGGGUUGCAAUGCAUGUGGCUCCAUGCCUGAGAAGAAGCUGGGCUCACUCCAUCUCCAGCUGAUCAGGAACUACAUUGAGGUCUGCUAUCCUUCAGCCCGAAAUGGUGAUGUCUGGCAGGUUGAAUGCUUGCCACAGAUAAGUGACUUUUUUAACCGGUUUUGGGCGCAGAAAGAAAUGGAGAGCAGUCAACAAAGCGCCAAGGUGAUUGGCUUUUAUGAGUCAGACCACGGUGCAGAGCAGCCACAGCCUAACUGCUACGUCGACAACAGCACGCAAGAUGAGCGAUUGUCCUUUGAUUCCUCCAGCAGUAUAAGCUCGAACUUGGUUUUGGAACCCCAGGAGAUAAGUGAGUAUUUGGACGAAGCUUCGUCUCCUGGAGAAUUUGCCGUUUUGCUGGCACACAGACUGUUUCCAGAGCUCUUUGAUGGAAGGGGUUUGGCCUCACAGUCCAGCUGUUCUGGUUCAUCUGUAAAGCAGAUGCUUGAUCCACAGCGGCUGCAGAUUGUCCGGAGGUAUGUGGAGAUCUACUUCCCCGAGGUGCAAGAGGACAAGGUUUGGCUGCAACAGGUUGUCCACAAGAUGGACGAAGAGCUCGCGAAUUCUGAUGGCAGCGAAUCUGAAAUUUUCAGGAAUGAGAGUCACCGUUCCCCUAACAUCUCCACAGUUGGGAGCAGCGACGGCUGCGACUUCGAUAAAUCUAUUCAGAAGUCCAAAAAGAUCUGGCUAAUGCCCGUCGAUUUCAACAGCAUCGUUGUACCCCUUCCAGACUUUGAGGUCCCUUGCCCAGACUACGUGCUCAGCAAGCAGCAGCUAAAAAACAUAUACGAGAGCAGCUUAUCUAUUGGAAACUUUGCCUCCCGGUUGUUGGUGAGGUUGUUCCCUGAGCUCUUUACACCAGAUAACUUGCGAAAGCAGUAUAAUUGCAGCGGCUCCCUCGGCAAAAAGCAGCUGGACCCAGUCCGUAUAAAACUCAUCAGGCAUUACGUGCAGCUGAUGUAUCCCCGAGCCAAGUGUGAUAAGGUGUGGAAUCAAGAAUUUGUUUCAAAGCUAGACGAGAGGUGCCGCCGCAGGGACACAGAGCAAAGGCGCGUUUAUCAACAACAGAGAAAGAAGACCAUCUUUGGCACUGAGAAGGAAGAACCCACAACAUCGGUGCAGCCAGAGCAAGUCAGGAAAGAAGCGAUACUGCUGGCCCCGGAGAGAACCGACCGGUACCACAGGAACUUCUGUAAAGUAGCACUUGAUGAACUCAGCAUGCCCGCUCUUGAUUUCCCAGUCCCGAGCAAACAUCUGCUUUCUGCUAAAGAAUUGAAGGAAGUCGUGCAGGACAGCCUGUCAAUUGGGAAUUUUGCUGCCCGACUUCUCGUCAGGAUCUUCCCAGAGUUGUUUACUCCUGAAAACCUCAGGCUACAGUACAACCAUUCGGGCGCGUGUAACAAGAAGCAGUUGGAUCCGAUCCGCUUGAAGCUCAUUCGCCAUUACGUGGAAGCAGUUUACCCACGGGCCAGGAAUGAUCAAGUGUGGCACCUCGAGUGCAUACCUAGCAUUGAUGAGAGGUGUAGGAGGCCCGAUAGGAGGAAGUCCAAGGUGAUGGCAAAAUCCAAAGAUAAGAAAAAUGAACUGCUCUCUUAGCUGUCAAUUAAGGUUUAAACAGGUUCACUGCAAAGUCAUGACAAAUAUGUGAAGCUUUCAACUGGUGUAGAUAAGCUAAAAAUAUUUUUUAAAACUUCGAAUGAAUCAAAAGUGCCAGUUCAGAAAAGAAACCCACACUGGGAUUUAUCACCUUCUAUUUAUUUUAUGUUUGAUUCAUCGAUUUUCAAUCCAUAUCCAAGAAUAAAUGAAUUAUUUGAUCUGGCACAGAGUCUUUAUGCUGUUGCUAUGACUGGAGAGGAAACACUGAAAUAAAACAAAGAAGAAAA